AAACUUCCGCUGCGGAAUGUCAAUAAAAAUCAAACCGGCUAUAAAUUGACGGCGUUCGACAGCUGUCACACUAUCCACGAAAUUGAAGUUGAUGGUCGUGAUCUGAUGGGACUCGGUGUAAAGAACUCUUUAUUUUCUGAUAUUUUGGGUUUGCAGUAGAAUCGCUGUUAUCCCGUAGGUCGCAAGCGUGUGCAAAACGCAGACGACGGAACAUCUCUCUUUGAAAUUGCUGUGGACUUUGUAUCUGGAGAUCACUCCAGUCUAUGCAGAUUUAGGUGUAACUGGUGAGCAACCAAGAUGUGUAUCUUGUUCUUCCAACUGAAUGACCGAGAGGAAUGUGGCGCCUACCGCCUAGUUCUUGCCAACAACCGAGAUGAGUACUGGACUCGACCCACAUCAACAGCAGCAUACUGGGGGGAGAAGGACAACUGCCUCAGCAGCUUGGAUCAGGAGCCGGGGAGAGAGGGUGGGAUUUGGCUGGGGAUCAACAAACAGGGCAAGAUUGGAGUUCUUCUGAACAUACUCGGAGAAAACCUCCCAAACAGGAAAGGAAGAGGGUUCUUGGCGAGGGAUUUCAUAGCCUCGGACACAGGUGCUGAGACGUUCCUGCAAGACCUGUCUAAAGACAUAGUCACCUCCCAGUAUAACGGAUUCCACCUUGUUCUUCUUGAAGCAGGAGGCCCACAUCCGCUGGCGAUGUACCUGACAGAGAGUUCUGUAGAAGAGAGAAGAAUGCAAAGGCUGCCACUCGGAGAUCCCCAUGCCUUUGGAAACUCAGCUGUUGAUAGGCCUUGGCAAAAGAUUGAACAAGGGCGCCCUCGGUUUCAGAAGAUCAUUGAAGAAAACCGAAGUCCUGAAGCCAAGAACAAGCUGGUAGAUUCCUUGAUGGAUUUCCUCAACGACAAAGGACAAUAUACAGCAGACAGUGUUCUUGGAGGGAAAUGUCAAGACCUGGGCAUUCCCACCCACAUAAGAGACGAGAGGUCAGCUAACGGUGUGUGGUCGCCAUCUAUCAUGUAUGGGACAAGGACGAACACUGUCAUCCUGGUGGACAGCAAUGGUCGGUGCGACUACAUUGAACGAUCCCUUGUGACUCCAGUGGACCAAGAAGAUCCGCAAACAACUACCAAAACAUUUUCUUUCCACAUUGACCUGACCUCCAUAUAACAUCCAGCAUGUCUUGUAGUUUAAAUAUUUUGCUGACCUGAGUUAGCUCCCCUUAACCAGAAUAUUAUGCAGAGCAAUGUCAAAUCCCAGAUUUUGCCUGGUUUUGUUUUUCAGUUUGUCUUUACUAUAUCCCAGCUCAUGGGUUUAACAAAAUGGUAAACAUCUAAGACCUGCAUCACUUCAGGCUUUCCUCCCACAUUAAGCUGACACUGUGAUAUAAAUGGAAUAUUGUUUUAUGUGGCAUUGAACCAAACUCACUCACUCAUUUUUGUUG